GCAGAGAGCGCGGGCGCGGUUGCCGUGGUAGCGCCUGCCAGAGGGAGGGCGGCGGCGCGGGGCCAGGACCCCGGCGGGCAGAGGCGGCGACGCGGCCACCCGAGAGUGUGCGGCCGGGCAGCUGAGAGUCGGGCGCCUCGCCCUGCUGGCCGGUGGGGAUGCGGGACCGGCUGCCCGACCUCACGGCGUGUAGGAAAAAUGACGAUGGAGACACUACUGUCGUCGUUGUUGAAAAGGACCAUUUCAUGGAUGAUUUCUUCCAUCAGGUGGAGGAGAUUCGAAGCAGCAUAGCCAGGAUUGCUCAACACGUGGAAGACGUAAAGAAGAACCACAGCAUCAUCCUUUCUGCCCCAAACCCAGAAGGAAAAAUAAAAGAAGAUCUUGAAGACCUGAACAAAGAGAUCAAGAAAACUGCUAACUGGAUCCGAGGCAAGCUGAAGUCUAUCGAGCAGAGCUGUGAUCAGGACGAGAGUGGGAACCGAACGUCAGUGGACCUGCGGAUACGAAGGACCCAGCACUCGGUGCUGUCACGGAAAUUUGUGGAUGUCAUGACAGAAUACAACGAAGCGCAGAUCUUCUUUCGGGAGCGAAGCAAAGGCCGCAUCCAGCGCCAGCUAGAGAUCACUGGGAGGACUACCACAGACGACGAGCUGGAGGAGAUGCUGGAGAGCGGGAAGCCGUCCAUCUUCAUCUCGGAUAUUAUAUCGGAUUCACAAAUUACUAGGCAAGCUCUCAACGAGAUCGAGUCACGUCAUAAAGACAUCAUGAAGCUGGAGACCAGCAUCCGAGAGCUGCACGAGAUGUUCAUGGAUAUGGCCAUGUUUGUGGAGACCCAGGGUGAAAUGGUCAACAACAUCGAGAGAAAUGUGAUGAAUGCUGCUGACUACGUCGAACACGCCAAGGAAGAAACCAAGAAAGCCAUCAAAUAUCAGAGCAAAGCCAGGCGGAAAAAGUGGAUAAUUGCUGCUGUGGUGGUGGCUGUCAUUGCUGUCCUGACUCUAAUCAUUGGCUUGUCGGUUGGCAAAUGAUUGCGUAGAUGGCGCUGGGUGCUUGCCUCUCCCUCAGGGUGGCAGUAAGUGACUAAUCAACUAAUUUACUUGUUAACCUUUUCAAUCAGCCAGUAGUGUGUUUGCCCAGUGUUAAUAUACUUAAAAGUCACGGGGCUUGUUCGCUGAGUGCUCGGUUCAGGUCUUAGUGGCCUCUGUUUGCUGAGGAGACACAGGCUGGGAGGCCACUGCCCCCAGAGCCUGUCCCCAGUGAAAACCAAUGCAGAUGCUGCGGUGUAGUUUUGGUGUAACUUUUAGAACAGCAGCAACAAUGAAAAUGACUGUAAAAUGCCCUUUACUGCUCAGUUCACCAUGGAACUGAGAAUUGAGCUUAAGCUAUGGACAACAGCCCAGACCAAACUCCUCUCAGGUCCCUACUUGGCAGCAGACCCCCUACUAAAAUGAAAACCCUGAUAUUUAAUUACCACAAGUGUCGUACAGUCACUGUGGACAGUCUUAUCACUCAUGGGCCUUACCCCCCCCCCCCCGCAUCCUGGGGAUCCCCCACUGCAGAGCCACCCUUGUGAACACUGGGCACUCAGGGGUGGUGCUUAAGAGUAAUUUUUCACAGUGGCAGAAAGGCUCUCCCACGCUCCAGUUCCUCACGGCCUUUUCCCCAUGAUGUUUUUCUCGUGAUUUGAGCAUCUGUCGGGUAUGGCUGCCAUUGGUAGGAGCAGUGCCCUUGUGGUCAGUGCAGACCGUGAAGUUGCACAGAAAACAUCCUUCUUGGGAUGAGAAGGACUUGCAGCCCCAUGUCUGUUGGAAAGGAGGGUUAUAUAUCUUUCCUGAUACCAUCUUCUUAGUCUACUGAAAAAGAUGACAUUGUUUUUUCUAUGCUAAAAAAUUGAGUAUUUUCAGUAUUUUCAUCAGACUUUGUAGAACCAUGCACUUUCCCCCUGUAGCACAAUGAGUCAGUUGGAUAUGUUCACAAAGGUCUGACGGUGGCUCUCAGCAUGGUCAGGGAGGUGCUUGCUUUCUGUGGGUACCCUGGAAAUCAGGUGUGAUCCUCUGCCUGGGCUAGCUGCACAUUGCUGUCGUGCCUGCAGAUAAACACACAUGCAUGCUCAUUCAUUCAUUUAUAAAUUGAUACCAGACAGCUGGGCCCUGUCUAGAAAGGUUCCCUCCUCUCUCACCUAGAGCGUGUUUCCCAAUGAUAGACAAUUGUUUUAGACUGUCGAGUUCCAGCAGGCUAUUUUCUCUGCACUGUAGAUUCCUGUCUCUUUUCUUGCAGAAGGUGAUGUUCAUCCUCAUUUGUGUAGUCACUUUGCUUGUGAUCCUUGGAAUUAUCCUAGCAACAGCAUUGUCAUAGCAACCACACCCCAAGAGCUCUUUGUCCUCAGAGACUCCAACCACACCUGCAGCAGAGUCAGUGUCCUGUCCUUCCACCUGUGGCUAUCAGACCCAGGGCUAGUGCCACGUGCUGAGGUUUUUAUUGGAGGCGAAGAAUAAAGCACCACAGAGGUUUCAGGCCACGAAAACGCCACGAGCUGAGUGGACGCCACGUGCCAGCCCAGAUAGCCUUGGUCUCUGAAGGGCUCCACAGAGAUUUCACAAUGGUGGCCUUCUCUCAGUAGCCUUAAAAUAGGAAUGAUUGAAAAAUGCAACUUAAAAAAAAAAAGAUGUCAGUGUUAAAAAUGUGUGUGCAGUUUAAUUAGGGCGUGCUCUGUGCUCUCUCAGCUGACAGAUAAUGAAGAGACUGCACCGGGCCUGAUUUCUGUUCAUGUCUUGCUUGCAGAAUCAUCACAGAACUGUUUUGUAAGGUAUCUGUAAUUUUAAAUAGCUAUAAAUUAAAUUCCUUAAUAUAUUAACAUCGAACCCCCCCUUUUCUAAGCUAGACACUGCCUGAGAAGGACAACGGGCAGGCCCUAGGCACAGGGCUGUCAAUGAAACUUGGCCUUGCAGCCCUCAGUGCUUUCUGGUGACCCUGACCUAGGAAGUGUAAGGGUCAGAAAAGUCUUGGUUGCCUUUAGCUCACUUCUGCCUGCUUCACUAUGGAGGGGACACAGCCAUGCGCUGUGCUCACGUCACCCUUUCCCCGUUCACUGGUGCUGGUGGAGUCUCAAGGCAAGACGGUGGUGGAAGCAGGACUUGGUGCUCACUGACCUCACAGGAGUAGUCCCAGUUGCGAAGCCAUUCUUGGACAGCACCUGAAGGACCAGGUUCUCAGCUGAGCCCCCACUGAUGCCCAGAGUUCCUAGGAAACUGCGAGAGAUGGGAUGAAGAUGCGGGCUGAUUUCCACUUGUGAGCAGGUGGCCCAGUGACUGCGUAUCUGUGUGCUGACAGCUGACUGAGGAUGUGAAGGGCACCAAGCCCAGCGAACUCCGCCGACUGCCGACUGUGUGUGUGUAUGCUCACUCUGCCCAGGCUCGUUUGGCUGGAUCUGAUGUAGCCAUGCUGGUUCAGGCAGCAGUCGUGAGAUGUACUGAGCUCUUUAGAAACUACCACCCUAACAGUGGCGAGUGUCACUCAUUUGCCUUCUCACACCUCCCAGCCUGACACCUCAGUGCCGAGAGCUACUGCAGGAGGCUGGCCUGCAGUGGAGACACUCCUGCCUGGAAGCUCCCCGAAAGCUCUGAAGAUGGAGCUGUGUCUGUGGAGCUCCUGCCCUCUCUGUUCCAGUGCCAUUGGAUUUGGCUGCAGAGCACCGCGUGCCACUGAGGUUCCCAGCCCUCGUGGCAGGUUUCCUUCAGGUUUAGCCCGAGUCCUUGGCCUGCAGUGUGUUCCUCACUAUGUGCUCAGGUGGCCUCCUGGCCAAGCGGGUGCCUGAUUCUGGCUUUGUUAGUGAAGCAGGGGUGUGUGGGUGAGUGAGUCAGCCCUCAGGAUAUAUUUCUAUGCUGACUUCAUAGCCUGUUUAAAAAUACAUUUACAGAUUGUCUCGUUACUUUUUCCAACAAUUUCUUCAAAAAUUUUGUGUUUACAUUAAAAAGUCAGAGAAGCAAACGA